GUCAGUGACCUACUGUUUACUUUAUCAUCACCUCUCUCUUUCACUUCUUCCUUUUUAACCUCGCCAAUGGCAUCUCUUUGACCCGUAAUCAACACUCCCCUCUUCUUCCUCAUAUUCCCUCUGUCUAUAUCUAUUUCUCCCUCCUCUGGCGAUUAAUCUUCCUUUUGCCAAGUAAACAGAGAUGGCUGUCGAGCUCAUGAUGGAUUACAGAAACACAAGUAGGAAUAAUUUUACUAUCUUCAAUACAAAGUUGGAAGAAAAGGCAGUGGUUCAAGAAGCUGCCUCUGGGCUUGAGAGCGUCGAAAAACUCCUCAAAUUGUUAUCUCAAACUCAGAGUCAGUCUCAACAACAGCAAAAACAGGGGAAUUUAUCUUCUUUCCUAAAGCAAGAAAAUUCCCCUAUGGAGAUUGAAAUGGUAGCUGAUGCUGCUGUUACAAAGUUCAAGAACGUAAUUUCUCUUCUGGGUAGAACCAGAACUGGCCAUGCUCGAUUCAGAAGAGCACCUAUUACUUCCCCUCCAAAAGUCAAUAAAGAUUUUAUUGACAGUAAAGUUUAUUGUCCAACUCCAAUUCAACAAGUCCCUCCAGUUGCCUAUGAACUUUACAAUCACCAAUUCUUUCAAAAUCCAAGAGAUGGGGUUGUUGAAAAACAAGAAUUGGUCACAAAAAAGAGCAUUAACUUUUCCUAUGCUCAAGAUAUUUGUCGCUCAAAUUCGUUUAAUAUGUCAACGUUAACAGGGGAAACAGAGAGUUCAUCUUUCAAGAUUUCAAAUCUCUCUUCUGCUGGAAAGCCUCCUUUGUCUACUUCUUCUUCGUUUAAAAGAAAGUGUUGUUCGUCGGAGAACGGCCUCUCCGGCAAGUGUAGUGGCUCCUCCGGUCGAUGCCAUUGUUCUAAGAGAAGGAAAUUAAGACUUAAAAGGGUGGAAAGAGUUCCAGCAAUAAGCAUGAAGAUGUCUGACAUCCCACCUGAUGAUUAUUCAUGGAGAAAAUAUGGACAAAAGCCAAUUAAAGGAUCUCCACAUCCAAGGGCAUACUACAAAUGUAGCAGUGUGAGAGGCUGUCCAGCACGUAAACAUGUUGAGAGAGCUCUGGAUGAACCAACCAUGCUGACAGUUACUUACGAAGGCGAGCAUAACCAUUCCCUCUCUGUUGCAGAAACAAGUAGUCUCAUUUUAGAGUCUUCCUAAUUAGAUCAAAUUGUGGCGAUUAUGAUUAGUUAAAAAGGCAUAGCUAGCUUUAUUUGCCCUGCAAAAGAAAAAAGGGUGACAAAUGUAACCUAGUACAGUGUAAGACUAGUUAAGAAAGAAACUAAAACUUUAUAGCAAAAGUGCGGUUAGAACUUAUGAUCUUAAAUAUUUUCAUGAUCGAUAUUUAUGUGGUUGGUUA